AUGUCGGUAGACGUGGCAAGCAAUGCGACAACAUCCAAUGGGUCCGCCGACCCCGAAAAAGCGGCUGCGGAUCUGGCGACACGAGUCGGACAGGUGAAAAUCGAGGACGACACAGCCCCGGCGGUGGAUAUACCUGUGCACGAUGUCAACAGUGCAAAUGAGACUGCUAUCGCCGCCAACGGGAACGUAGCAGAGAAGCACGCCGAGAUUGCAUCAUCUGCUCCGAAGCUGAACCUCCCUCACACCGCUUCUGAUGGACUUAUCAAAACGCCGUUAGCAGAGCCCCUAGACACCUCGAAGCCCGUUGUGAGGCCAGCAUUGACGGCGGAACAGGAGACAAAAUAUGCCGCAGUCUACAAGAAUGUGUCUGCAUGGACCGAGAUACCAGAGACAUCAGCCAAGGGGUCCAAGGCCGCAGCAAUGACAGACUCGGAGCGCAUGUUCCUGACACGGGAAUGCCUACUCCGCUAUCUAAGAGCUACAAAAUGGAAUGCGGCACAAGCUGAGACCAGAUUGAGAGAUACGCUGGUAUGGCGACGCGAGUAUGGCCUCGAGAAACACACAAAGGACUAUAUCUCUGUCGAGAAUGCCACUGGCAAGCAACUGAUUCUGGGUUGGGACAACGAAGGCCGACCAUGCCAGUACAUGCGGCCGUCCAAGCAGAACACUGAGCGGAGCGACAGGCAGAUUCAGCAUUUGGUGUUCAUGCUUGAGCGAUCGAUUGAUAUGAUGCCACCCGGGCAGGAGACUUUAGCGCUGCUCAUCAACUUUGCAGAGACUAAGUCCGGCCAGGGGGCGACCGUGUCGCAGGGCAAGCAGACACUCAACAUCUUACAGAACCACUAUCCGGAACGCCUUGGAAGGGCUUUGGUGACCAAUGUGCCCUGGUACAUCUGGGCUUUCUUCAAGCUGAUCAAUCCAUUCAUCGACCCUUUGACGCGUGAGAAAAUCAAGUUCAACGAGGACUCGGGCAUCCAUGUACCUCGAGAGCAGCUACUGAAGGAGAGCGGCGGAUUGGUGCAAUUUGAGUACGACCAUGAGAUAUACUGGCCGGCUCUCAAUGACUUGUGCGAGCUGAAGCGGCAAGAGUACCAGGCACGAUGGGAGAAAGGCGGAAAGAAGAUCGGAGAGUACGAAGGGUACCUCAAGGGAGGAGACGAGAAGUCGCUGGUUGAGCGGGAGACGGAGGGUCAGUCGUCUGUUUAG